AUGGUCUGCUAUUGCUUGCAAAGCCGAGUAUUACAAUUUAAUGGGAUUAUGGAUAGAUUGAAAAUGUUAGUGUCGAAAGUCGAAGCCAAAGUUUCCGAUCCUCCUGACAGGAAUGCUUCUAGUCUGCAAGCAUUCAGUUUUGAUACCAUUAAAGCAGCGACAAAUAAUUUUUCGAAUGAAAAUAAGCUUGGGGAAGGUGGAUUUGGACCUGUAUACAAGGGAAAACUACCGAGCGGAGAGGAAAUCGCAGUUAAGAGGCUCUCAAGAACUUCAAAACAAGGAAUGGAGGACUUAAAAAAUGAGGUCACACUUACUGCGACUCUUCAACAUGUAAAUCUUGUUAGUGUUGUGGGAUUUUGCACUGAGACAAACGAGAAGAUGCAGGUGAACAAGUACAUGCCCAAAAGAAGCUUGGAUCAUUACCUCUUCGAUCCAAUCGGACAGAAUGUUUUGGACUGGAGAAAGCGAGUGAACAUCAUCGAAGGGGUUACUCAAGGUCUCUUGUAUCUCCAAGAAUACGAAUGUUAUAAUAAUGAUAUAAAAGCUAGCAAUAUUUUGCUAGACGAUGAGAUGAACCCGAAAAUAUCAGAUUUUGGCAUGGCUAGACUUUUUAGGAAAGAUGAGUUUGAAGCAAACACAAACCGGAUUGUUGGAACAUACGGAUAUGUACCUCCAGAAUAUGUAAGAAAAUGUGUAUACUAUAAAAACGACGUUUAUAGCUUCGGAGUUCUACUUCUGCAAAUCAUAAGUGGAAAGAAGACCACUUGCUUGUACGGUCCAGAUGAAAAUAUGAACCUCCUUCAAUAUGCCUACGAGCUGUGGAAAGACGGUGCAGGGAUGGAGUUCAUCAAUGCAACGUUGGAUGAUUCAUCUUCAACCUGUAAGAUUAUCAGAUGUCUGGAGAUUGCUCUCUUGUGUGUGCAAGAAAAUGCUGUGGAUAGACCAUCAAUGUUGGAAGUCUUUUCCAUGCUCAAAAAUGAAGGUACGCCCACCGCAACUCCUUAACACCCUGCCUUCUCAAUCAAGAAGGAUGAAAUUCAUGAGGAAUGUCACACACUGAUUAGGGAGAGAAGCUUUACAGUUG